AUCCCGAAGGACCAGCAAACUCAGAGACAUCUGCACAACUCAUCUGCUCCUCAGGAUGAAGCUGAUCUUCUCUCUGACUCUCAUCUGGAUGCUCUGCAGCUCCGCUGCUGCUCUUCAGUGUAACGCCUGUGCAGACACAGCAUGUUCAACCACAUCUAGCAAGACCUGCAGCUCAGGGAGCAUGUGUAUAACCGCUUCCAUCACAGCCUCUUCACCUGGAGCUUCAGGAACACAGGUCUACAAGGACUGUGCUGCUCCUUCUCUUUGUCCCACGGCUGGAACGGCAACGUUUUCCGUCAACUUGGGUUAUUCCAGUGCCAUUGCAUCGGCUCAGUGCUGCGACUCCGACAACUGCAACUCCCAGACGUUGGCCUUUCCUACCCCUCAGUCUGCUAACGGCCUGACGUGUCUCGUCUGUGACCCGACCACCUCUCAGUGCAGCUCUACAGUUCCGUGUUCUGGAGACCAGACCAGCUGCUUCAAAGCAACCUUGACCAACGGCUCCACAACAUAUCCAGCUCUGGGCUGCACAUCUCCUAACACAUGUGCAGUUGCAGCCAACCUGGGAAACCUGCCUUUCAUGCAGAACCUCAUGCAACACUAUUCCCACCACAACCACCACCACUCCAACCACAACCACCACCACUCCAACCACAACCACCACCACUCCAACUACAACCACCACCACUCCAACCACAACCACCACCACUCCAACCACAACCACCACCACUCCAACCACAACCACCACCACUCCAACUACAACCACCACCACUCCAACCACAACCACCACCACUCCAACCUCCACCAGUGA